CAGUUCAUGGUUUUCAAAUUUCAGAAUGGCCGCUGUGUUGGCAGUGGAAUAUUGUUUGACAAAAAUUCAGUUAUAAAAUAUAGCAGCAAAGUAACUGCUCAAUAUAGGCCUAUCUAGCGCAGAAGCGACAAUUGUGAGGGAUCAAGAUCUACACGUGUGUGCGCGCGUUGGUUGAUAUUGAUAUUGAUAUUGGGGAAAUUUGCGGAAGUGUUUGUUUAUAUAUAAGAUCAAUUAAUUUGCUUGUAUUUAUUCUACGACAGUCAUGCCAUUCUUCAUAAGGAAGAAAACCACUUCAAAAAGCAAAACCAAGUCAAAGAAAGACAAAAAGAAGGUUAUUUCAAAGCGGGUCCGGACGGCGGCAGCGGAGGUUCCGGCAGCGAAGCGCGCGCGCCCGGCCGACGAAGACGAUGAGGAGAUCGACAGUGACGAGUUCGAGGAUGAGCCGGCGCCGGCCGACGAGCCGGAGCUCUCCGAGACCGAGCUGGAGACCGCGCAGGAGAAACGGCUCCGGCUGGCCAAACUCUACCUGGAGGAGAUCAAACGACAGGAGGCCGGUCGGGAGGAGGCCGAGGAGGUGGACCGCGCCGGCCGCUCGGUGGCCGACCGGCUGAGAGACGAGGUGCUGGAGCGCGCCGGUCGGCUGCAGCGGCCGCUGGCCGACAGCUGCGUCCAGCCGGCCGCCGAGCUGGUGCGCCGGCUCCGCUGCCGGCAGCUGCAGCUGCCCGUCACCUGCGCAGUGCUCGCUCCCGACGACAAGUUCCUCUACACCGGGUCCAAGGACUGCUCACUCAUCAAAUGGUGUAUGGAGACGUACAAACGAUUACAGGUGGUGCCUGGCGGCCGAAAGGGCACGGAGAACACCCACAUUGGCCACACCACCCACAUUCUCUGUAUGGCCAUCUCCACAGACAAUAAAUACCUGGUUAGCGGUGACCUGAGUCACCUGAUUCAGCUGUGGGAGCCGGCCAGUCUGACCCGGCUACACGUCUUCCGCGGUCACCGCGGCGCCGUGACGGGCCUGGCCUUCCAGCGGGGCACCCACCAGCUGUUCAGCGCCGCCGCCGACCGCAUGGUCAAAGUCUGGAGCGUGCACGACCGCUCCUACAUCGAGUCUCUGUUCGGUCACCAGGACGCCAUCACGGGCCUGGACGCGCUGAGCCGGGAGCGGGCGGUGAGCUGCGGCGGCCGCGACACAUCGUGCCGCGUCUGGAAGCUGGUUGAGGAGUCGCAGCUAGUAUUCACCGGCCACCGCGACAGUAUCGACUGCAUCCGGCUCAUCAACGAGGAGCACUGGGUCACCGGCGGACAGGACGGCAUGGUGUGCCUCUGGGGAGUGAGCAAGAAGAAGCCGCUGUGCUGCGUGCCGCGGGCGCACGGCGUGGACCCGCAGAGCCGGCUGCCGCGCUGGGUGUCGGCCGUCUCGGCGCUCACCAACUCGGACCUGGUGGCCUCCGGCUCAUGGGACGGCCACGUGCGGCUGUGGCGGUGCGCGGCCGGCUUCACGGCGCUGACGGCGCUGAUGGCGCUGCCGGCCGCCGGCUUUGUCAACUCGCUGACGUUCAGCGGCUCCGGGGACCGGCUGGUGGCCGGCUGCGGCCAGGAGCACCGGCUGGGCCGCUGGUGGCGGCUCAGGGAGGGCUCCAACCUGCUGCUGGUCUACCCGCUGACCGCCGCCGCCGCCCAGCAGCAGCACACAGACUCGUCCGACGACGACGGCUCGUAGCGCGCCGACGCAGUAGGGACCGGUGCCGGGAAACGAAUAGGGUUUACGGCGCCCGUUUUACUGUACGGUGUCCAAGAAGCGUUUUUGUUACGCUACUUUGUCGAUGAGUGCCCGGGCUGACCGUGUCACCGACCGUUGUUUUCCCGGACCUGGUGGUCUACCGACUGGUCACGGGAAGGCGGAGCUGGUGCUGGUUGCCGGCAAUGGUUGGACGCGUCGGCUCCAUCCGCUGCCGUCUGUUUACCGAAAGGUCUCCUUUGUGUUAUGCGUAAUACGAAUGUCGUGUCGGUGGGUAAGCGAAAUAUGAAAAUGGCUGUAAUACAGUGCACUAUUAACAAAA